CGCAAGGAGCACCCGCAUCGGUGCGGCUAGAGAUCGCUAGAGAUCGCUGCGGAGACCUUUCAACAGAUAACAUUGCUGGCGAAUCGAUCGCCCGCUGCGCUCACUCCAACAUGUCCUCUACAAACACAGCCACUCCAAGCAGCCCCAGCGCCGUCGACGCGGCGCCGCAGCCCUCGAGCACUCCCACUGGAAACAUCUCCCGCGACGCCGUCGACGCGAUGCCGCAGCCCAGCACACAAAAAGACGACGCCGACGAGACCUGCGACCCCGACGCCUUGUUGAGUCCGGACCGCGUCGCGUCGAGCCCGCUGCCCGGCGUCGUGCUGUUAAAAAACGCGUUGGACGAAGCCGGCCAGCGCGAGGCGCUGGCCUGGGCGCUGCGCCACGGCAUCGACCGGAAAGCGUGGCUCGACGCCGACGGCGCGCUGAACGCGCCGCGCCAGUUCCGGGGGCGCUGCUAUGAUGCGGUGGAGGCCGUCGAUCCCAGGGCCGGAGCGCUCAGCGACGCGCUGCAGGAAGCGGCGCGACGCGCGUAUAAAGAGGUGGACCCGGUGGGCGCCUCGACCACACAUUUGCUCAUGCUCUUCUACGCGAAGCUCGAGCGCGGUCUCGGCUGGCACCGGGACAACGGCCGGUCCGACGGCCGCGACCUGACGCCCGUCGUGUCGCUGUCGCUCGGCGCGGCGUGCUCCUUCCGCAUGAAGCACGGCCCCAACGAUCCGGAGACGACGGUCGUGCUCGAAUCGGGCGACGCGAUCUUAUUUGGAGGGCCCGCGCGGCACAUCAUGCACGCCGUCACGGACCUGCAAAAGGGCACGUGCCCGGCGCAUCUCCGAGAUAUGGUAAGGGGCCGCGUGCCGGGCGACCCGGCCGAGUGGCGGCUCAAUUUGACGUGGUGCGGCGCGGUGUGUCAAUCAUGACCUCCACGCCAUCGACGCGGCGCCUGCUUGAUGGCGUUCACUUUGAUAUCUGCGCGCAGGCGGCACGCGCCCGAAUUACGAGGCCUCGAGGGCGGCGACCGCUUCCACAUCCUCGGGUCGCCGACGGCGACCUUCGUCGCGACGGCGCGCGAGAAGGGGCUGGCCGCGGCGCGCGCCGAGGCGAACGCGCGGAAGCUCGCGCGCAAGCAGAAGAAGGCGCGGCGGCGCUUCGGUACGGACUGCGCGCUCGGCGCGGGCUGCGACCGGCCGUGCUGCGCGCCCCGGACGACGCGGACGCACCUCGACUUCGUGAAGCCGGCGGAGGAGGAGCCGCCGCCGCCGCCGCCGGCCUACCUCAUGGUGCUGUACCUCGUGGGGCCGGUGGCGCUGGGGGUGGGGGCGGCGCGGGUGGCGCGGUGGGUUUUUGAGGGUGGUGCGUAAGUUUCGUACGUUUUUAUGUUACACUCCUCGGGGGAUGCAGCGGGUAGCCUUCGCGCCUAGGACGUGAGGACGGCGCCGCGAGGGCGGGUGUGGGGAACAGCAAAGGGAUAUGUGCACCCGA